AUGUUCAAAAAAUUUACGCCUUCCACAGAUAUCGCAGGCCAAACGCCACCCAAGUCCUCUGUACAACGAUCGAUAAGGGCUGCUGUGCUUCAACAGUGGAAGAUCGGACUAGAAACACUCGAAGAGAUCUGGCCCAAGAAGGAGACAUUGAUCCACGUAAAAUGCAGAGAACACAUCUCAAUAUACUCCGUGCAAAACGUACCCCUCUUUUUCCAGCAUUUUGAUGGGCCGUUUUACCCCACCCUUCGAUUACUUCACCAGUAUCCGUUCAUUCUACCUAAAGUUGGCGUUGACAGGGGCGCAAUUCGCUUUCUGCUGGCAGGUGCUCCCAUGAUGUGUCCCGGAUUAACUUCAGCUGGAGGUUACCUUCCCCCGCCUGAGGAAGCAUUACCAAAAGGUACCGCUGUUGCUGUACAUGCUGAAGGAAAAGAGCACGCUGUUGGAAUCGGAAUCACCACGCUUGGCACGGAGGACAUGCGGAAACUGAACAAAGAUGUAGCUGUCGAGAUUGUCACACAUCUUGGAGAUGACUUAUGGGCCUUGCAAACUCUGUAG